GAGAGAGCCCGGAGCUGACGCUCGGUCAUGGCCAUGGUUUGGGGUCUCAGAGCCUUGUUUCUUCUCCCCUUCCUGCGCUGUUGCUUGGCCAGCGAGGAGGCUCAGUUGAUUAAGGACUUGUUCUCCAACUAUGAUGUCAAGUCCCGGCCAGUGAGAGACAUCAAUGAAAUCAUAACAGUGAAACUGAAGCUCACGUUGACCAAUCUCAUCUCUCUGAAUGAGAAAGAAGAGACCUUAACAACCAACGUGUGGAUACAAUUAGAAUGGGACGAUUACCGUCUGUCCUGGAAUGAGUCAGAAUACGGAGGGAUUGGCAUUAUACGCGUUCCGCAUAACAUGGUGUGGCUACCGGAAAUCGUCCUGGAGAAUAAUAUCGAUGGCAAUUUCGAAGUCGCCUAUUACGCUAAUGCCCUCGUCUAUAGCUCUGGGUACAUUAACUGGAUCCCACCGGCUAUCUUCAGGAGCACGUGCAGCAUUGUGGUCACCUAUUUCCCCUUCGACUGGCAGAACUGCUCGCUGGUGUUCAGGUCUAAAACAUUCAACGCAAAUGAGAUCAGUCUGGAGCUGGCCUAUGAUUCGGAAACGGAUAAACUGAUAGAGUGGGUGGACAUUGAUCCGGAAGCAUUCACAGAGAAUGGGGAGUGGGCCAUCAAACACAGGCCAGCACGAAAGGUCGUGAACUCCAGAUUUUCACCAGAAGACCUUGAGUAUCAAGAGAUUUUGUUUUGUCUGAUUAUCCAGAGGAAACCUCUCUUCUACAUCAUCAACAUCAUCGUUCCUUGUGUCCUCAUAUCAUCCUUGGUGGUGCUGGUCUACUUCCUGCCGGCCAAAGCUGGGGGCCAGAAGUGUACGGUGUCCAUCUCGGUUCUCCUGGCACAGACCGUGUUCCUCAUCCUGAUUUCGCAGAAGGUCCCUGAGACGUCUCUCAGCGUCCCACUUAUUGGCAAAUACCUCAUCUUUGUCAUGUUGGUGUCGACGCUCAUCGUCUUGAGCUGUGUCAUUGUCCUUAACGUGUCCCUUCGGACGCCGAGUACUCACCGCCUGACCGCCAACAUUAAGCACAUGGUCCUGGAGGUCCUGCCGCGGUACCUCCGGAUGAGGGUGGAGCCGUGCGAGGAGGCGGAGGAGCCGCCCCGGGAGCGGAGGAGAAGCUCGCUGGGCAUCAUGCUCAAAGCCGAGGAGUACGUGCUGAAGAAGCCGAGAAGCGAGCUCAUGUUCGAGAGACAGCGGGAACGGCACGGAAUGAGCAGGGGCCCCGGGGGCCACAGAGGCGACGAAUUCGAUGUAACGACAACUUUAUACCGAAACCUGGCCCAGUGCGCCCCCGAGAUCAAGGACUGCGUGGAUGCCUGCAACUUCAUCACUGAGAGCACGAGGGGGCAAAACGUCACGGGAGCGGAGAUGGAGAAUUGGAUCCUGAUCGGGAAGGUGCUGGACGUUCUGUUUUUUUGGGCAGCGCUCCCUCUGUUCGUGGUGGGGACCCUCGCCAUCUUCCUCAUGGGGCACGUUAACAAAGCCCCAGACCGGCCCUUCGAGGACGACGACCGCUUUUACGCGCCAUGAGGACAACGCCCUGACUUCCCGGCCUCCAACACCAGUCACUCGGUCCGAGUAUUACAACCUACGGCUGGUAACGGGCAGCCGCGCCACCGCAUACCCCAGCCCCCGCAGUCUGGAGCCGACCCCUUCAUAGCCCACUCUGAUUUAACGAGCAUCCCUGCCUGCACACAGGUGAUUUCAUUCAGAAUAUCUUUUCCGCUGUUACUAGGGCCAUUUGGCAAUAUAAUAGUCGCUGCGACUGCGUGUUAAAGGGUUAAAAUUUAAAGAGCCCCAGGGCAGAUCAUUUAGAUUACGGAUAUCCCGCUAGGUUUUGCAGCAUUACUAAGCUUGCCUGCCCCACAUCAGGUUAAUCCUGCUUUACCACUGACCCAGAGCUCUAUAAAUACCCCCUGUAGUGAGCGUUCUGCCCUGGGCUAGAAUAACUCCCAUGAUGCUUUGCUCAUUAAAGGCAACUCAUACACCCCCCCCCACCUGACAAAACAUAAGCAGGAAUCUUGUCAAAACAUCAUUUAUUUAUAUUAACAAUAAAAGAAAAAAAGAAUCGUAAUUCCAUUCAUUCCUCUCACAAAGGCACGCUGUGUUCAAGGAAGAGUCCUCUCGAACUCCUUGUACCGGUGCAGGACUCGACACAAUGAGAUUCCUUUUUAGAGUUUUUUUUCACUGGGUAUCAGGUUUCUGGGGGCCAAGAACAGCUUGGAAGAUGCUUCUUCUUUGGGUAAAGGGGCAGAAAACAAACAAAAAUAAUAAUAAUAAUAAAAAACGCGCCCGUUUGCGAUGUUCCCCUGAGAUGAAGUGAGAACGGACAGUUUUA